AUGAGUAGUAAUUCUGCAUCUGAUAAUAAUCUUACAACAGACGAAAACUUGAAACAUGACGACGAAACAGCGUCAAGCGUGCUUUUACAAAAUAAAAAAUUAACCAACAAGGAAAAAAAGAAACUAGAAUACGAAGAAAGAAUUAGGAAAAAAAAAGAAAAACAUUUAAAAAGAGUUAAAAAAAUAAUCACAAAAAGUAACCUGCCUUCGCUAAAUGGUCUAAAAAAUGAGCUGCUAUGCAAUGGUCACUCCACUACCCAGAAUUGGACAGAAGACCAAAAGGAAAAUCUCCAGAACGGGAAAAAUGACCAAAAUGUGAAAUCCCACAAUGCAAACUCCCACGAGGAAGCCUCUCAAAGUGACCACACAGAUGAAAUAGAAAAUCCAAAUGACCAUUCACAUGACCCAGACGAAACAGGAAAGGAAGAAAACAAAUCAUGUAGAAAGGAAAUUGAAAGGAUAAAGAACAAAUACAAACAACUCUGUUCCAUGGAAAAUGUGUCGAACAGGAAACUGAUGAAAAAGCUAAAGUACAAACAAAAGCAGGACAAAGAAGCAGAAAAGGAAAAAUUGUUCAAAAAUAUAGAACAGUACAGGUUAAACACUAACCAGCGAAAUUUUAUCUGUCAAUUUGACACAAAGAAAAAGAGCCCAAAUCAGCAAAAUCUAGAAAAACUGUUUCAGACGUAUGAAGAAAUGAAGAUCGAUUUGCCAAAUAAUUUGAAGCUUAUAAAAAACAAGCUAGAAAAAAAAAAAAAAAAAUUUCUGGAAAGCAAAAAAAGAAAUCAAGAAUUUGCCACCUAUCAACAAGGUGCAGAGGGAAAAAAACUAAAAGUGUCAAAAGAUCUGGAUCAUCAUGCAGAGGUAAAUCAGGACGAUGAUCUGAUCUCCAGUGAAGGGGAUGAUACUACCAAUGAACUAGUAAUAAACGAUUGUUUACCACAAAAUGGACGAAAUUGCAGCGAAGGCGUAGGGGAGACUGAGUGUAAUCAUGUGCUUAGCUCUGAGAGUGACCUUGCUGACAAUGACCAUGUUGAUGAUGACAAUACUGAUGGUGAGAAUCCAGGUGACACAGCGGACAGCGCGAAUCACCCUGACGAAGGAAAUGCCCAACCGGAAGGAGAGAAAAGAAAAAUCGUCUACCAAAGAGUCCAUAUAAAUCGAAAGGACAAAAUAGAGAAAAUGAGGCAGGCGCUGCCUGUCCUGGGGUACGAACAAGAAAUUAUAGAAGCGAUCCUAAAUUACGAUGUCGUCUUUAUAAGUGGAGAUACCGGGUGCGGAAAAUCCACACAAAUUCCGCAGUUUGUUUAUGAGCAUGGGUUCUGCACAGAUAACUACCUCAUAGGUGUGACGGAACCGAGAAAAAUAGCUGUAAGAAGCAUUUCCAAUAGGUUAAACAAAGAACUAAAUGUUGAAGAUGUAGCUGGGUAUCAAAUAAGAUUCGAAAAAUCGCAUUUUUUAAAAAACAGUAAAAUAAAAGUUAUGACGGAAGGUAUACUACUAAGAGAAAUUAUGCACGACUUUAUUUUGUCAAAAUAUGCUGUUAUUAUUCUAGACGAAGCCCAUGAGAGAAGCAUAAAUAUGGAUUUAAUUUUAGGCCUCCUGUCCAUCAUCUGCAAAAUUAGAAAAAACAAUUAUUUCGCAUACAAAUCGAAUGUUAUUCCAAUUAAAGUUAUCAUUAUGUCUGCAACUAUUAAUGACACUCACUUUUUUGAAAAUAAAAUUUUUACAAAUUAUACCUCUAUCAACAUUCCAACUGAAAAAGUCCCCGUAGUGGAUCACUUCCUCUCGUACACGCCUCAAAACUAUAUUGAAGAAGCGAAGAAAAAAGUUAUACAGAUUCAUAAGAAGUUACCACCUGGUAGCAUCCUAGUGUUCUUAACAAGUCAGGACGAAAUUUAUCGUUUAUAUAAUAUACUCAAUAAUUUAAAAAUGUCCGAAGAAAACACACAAGCAGGAGAUGAAAAUAAAAUACACGCACUUGAACAUACUAAUGAUGGGAAAGCGGAAAAAACGCAGAACGAAAAUAUAAAUGCUUUUGACCUAAGUGAGGACGAAAAAAAUGCCAAUGAUAAUAAGUGCAGUUUUUUCUUCAGGACAACGGAUGAAAAUAAAGAAAAGCGAAUUAUAUUUGAAGCAUCCGAUAGUGACCACGACGAUGCUCCUUUGCACAGCGAUAUGUGGGUAAGCGCACCUGACCUUACUGAGCAAACUGAACAGCUUGAAAAUGAUGCCGAUGGGCAUGAAGAAAAUUGCAGCUUAUUGAAUAAUCCCAGCAGUGAAAAAGCGAACCAAUCGGACAACAACGAAGAAUCAUACGGUAUUGGGAAUACGGAGAACGGGAAAGACGCCCCCCCCUCCUGUGGGAGCAGUCAGACUGAAGAAGGUGAGGUUGGCGAAGGUGGCCCCCCUUCGGAAGGGCAUACCGAGGGAGAUAACCAUUCUGGUGAAGACGUCCAAAACGAGCAUGAGCAGUCGGAGGAUAGCCAAUCUUGUAGUGAACACGCGCCGGACAACGAACCGGGAGAUGAACAAACGGAAGGACAGCCCAACGAAGGCACAGUCAACGGAGAAGUGAAAAAAGAAAGGAACAAAAAUGAAUCAAGCAUUUGGAAGGGAAGCGACGGGUCAGGCAGACUAAAAGUUUUUAAACUCUUUGCAAAUAUGCACAUGAAGGAACAAAUAAGUUUAUUUAACAACCCUAGGGAUGAUGAGCGUGUCUGCAUUAUAAGCACAAACAUAGCAGAGACGUCUAUCACCCUACCAAACAUUCGCUACGUAGUGGACUGCGGAAAGGAAAAGAGAAAAAUUUACUCAACGUUGAACGAUUAUUCCUACUACGUUAUUGACAACAUAAGUAAAAGUUCUGCAAUCCAAAGAAAGGGAAGAGCAGGUCGAAUUUUACAUUUAUUAAAAAAGAAUAAAAAAAAUAAAAAGAAAAUCGAAACGGAAAAGGGACAUGUGUACAAAUUAUAUUCAUUAAAUUAUUACAACUAUUUUUUCAAAAACGAUAAUGAUUUCCCAAUUUUAAAUUACCCCCUGGAUUCCCUAAUUUUAUACCUACUAAGUUUUAAAAUAAAAAAUGUAGAACAUUUCCCCUUUAUUAAUAAGCCAGAAAAGUGUAAAUUUGAAGAGGCCAAAAAAAGAUUAAUUUAUCUUAACUGUGUGUAUUUUGGGUACCAAGAUGUCCAAUUCCUAUUUAAAAAUUUAAGUGAUAAAAUGGCUUCAAAAAAAAGUAUCGAAAAUCAUAUAAACAUGUUUAACCCGAACCAUAAAAGCGGAAUUACCCCUACUGGUAGCUUUGUCCUGUCCUUACCCAUAAGUACAAGAUAUGCUAAAAUUGUAACCGACGUUUGCCUAAAAUCGUUAGCCAUUAAUCACACCAGUUCAAUCCCCUUAGCCUGUCUCUUGGUCUCUUGUUUAUAUUUGGAGUCCAUUUUUUCCUACGACUACAAGCUCAAGGCGAAGUACGGCAAAGGAGGUAAAAGAAGGAAAGUCAUCACAAAUGGAAACAGAACCCAGAGUAGUAGCCAAACUAAUAAUAAUGACACCCUCACCAGACGUAACUACAAUUUGGCAAGCUUAAUUUUUAAAAAGAACGAUGAAAAUGAAAACCAAAGUGAUGUGAAUAGUUAUUCCUCUGGUGAUGUAACCGCCGAGGACAGCAAUUCAUCAGAGGAAAAUUCCACAAACAGUGAUGAAAAGGAUAACACUCUUGAUGAUUUUAAAUUAAGAUUCGAUAACGACAUUGACUUUUACCUGAACGUGUGUACCACUUUUUAUUUUUCAAAGGACAGAAAUCAUUUCUGUUGUACCAUGCACUUGGACAAGAAAAAAAUGGAAGAACUACUCAAAUUGUCCAACCAUUUAAUAAAAAUAAUAAAUCACAAAUUUAACAAAAAUAUUAAUUUGGACAUUUUGGAAAAAAACCCAUCAGAUUUAUCCAAAAAAAUAAUUCACUAUGCAGUCAUCCAGGGAUUUAUAGAUCACCUAGCCAUUCGCUCCGACUUAAUACAUAACGAGUACACGAGAAACUCCAAUUUAAACUUUAAUAAUAAAAAGGCUUAUUUCUCCCAAAACAUGAACACUCCAAUAUAUAUCAAUUCGUCUUCCCUCAUGUAUAAAAAUAGGCCGUACCCAAUAUAUAUCCUGUACAAUUACAUAAUGAAGAACGCAAAGUCGUACGUCAUGUUCGACUGCCUAAGUGUAAAUGAAUCAGAUUUAGGAAAAAUAACCAACGUCUGCAUAUACAUUAACGAGUAUGAAAAGAUACCACCGGCCAAAUAUGACAUGAAGAAGGACAAAAUAGUUGUUUGCGUCAAGCCUUUGUAUUUGCCCUAUUCUCAUUAUCUACCCAUGACAAUAAAAGAGUUAAAUGAAAACGGGAUGUUAUUUUACAACUAUCUUGCUUUGUUCAUAUUAGAUGGGUCCAUGUUUCCUAAAAUGUCAUCAUUUCAUAUGUUUUACACCCAUUCGGCUAAUGACAUUAUCGCGUGCACCAGCCAGCCGGUUAAGCAGUUCGUAGAUGCGCUAAAGGAGGCCAGAAUAAGCAGCAGGGCGACCCUAAUUAACAAAUGGAAAAGUCAAAGCGAUUUUUUGAAGCAGGAAUUUCUAUCCUUGGUUGGAAAGAAACUUAACAAAUAUAAUGAGGAGCUCAUAGAUAAAACGUGGCCUCCUCUAAACUGA